AUGGGAAGCUUAAGCAAUGAGCCAACAAGUGAGCCCAUAGCCAUCGUCGGACUGAGCUGCAAGCUUGCCGGCAGCGCUCGCAGCCCUGAGAAGCUGUGGGAGAUGCUAGCCGAGGGCAGGAGCGCCUGGUCCGAGAUUCCGUCGUCCCGAUUCAACGUCAAGGGCACGCAUCAUCCAAAUCAUGAGAAGAUCAACACGGUGACUUGUCCCUCCCGUCAGACAAACAUCAAAGGGGCACAUUUCAUAGAAGAGGACAUCGGACUGUUCGAUGCUGCCUUUUUCAACUUCUCGGCCGAAACAGCAUCGGCGAUCGACCCUCAGUUCCGGCUGCAGCUAGAGUCCGCAUACGAAGCACUGGAGAAUGCCGGUCUGCCCCUCUCCAAGAUUGCGGGUUCUAACACGUCCGUAUUCGCGGGCGUAUUCUCGCACGACUACCACGAGGGAAUCCUGCGGGACGAGGAGCAGCUUCCCCGGUUGCUGCCCAUCGGCACCUUCUCGGCCAUGUCGUCUAACCGCAUCUCGCACUUCUUCGACCUCCGGGGAGCGAGCAUGACGGUCGACACGGGCUGCAGCACGACGCUUGUGGCGCUACACCAGGCCGUGGCCUCCCUCCGCUCGAGGGAAGCCGACUGCUCCAUCGUCAGCGGCGCCAACCUGCUCCUGGGUCCGGAUAUGUUCAAAGUCUUUGGGUCGAUGGGUAUGCUUAGUCCUGAUGGGCGCUCGUAUGCUUUCGACUCGCGGGCGAAUGGGUAUGGCAGAGGCGAGGGGGUGGCGACUAUCGUGAUCAAGCGCCUGGAUGAUGCAUUGGCGUGCGGCGAUCCCGUCCGUGCUGUGAUUCGCGAGACGUGCCUGAACCAAGACGGACGGACAGAGACCAUCACAACGCCGUCGCAGUCUGCCCAGGAGGAGCUUAUGUAUGAGUGCUACCGACGUGCCGGCCUCGACCCGCGCGAUACGCAGUAUUUUGAGGCCCACGGCACGGGCACACCGACAGGUGAGGCAGCCUCAGGGCUGUCCAGCGUGAUCAAGGUAGUGCUGGCGCUGGAGAAGGGCCUGAUUCCUCCCAGCAUCAACUUUAACACGCCUAAUCCAAAGCUGGAACUCGACGAGUGGCACCUCAAGGUGCCGACAACCCUCGAGCAGUGGCCUACGACUCACAGACCACAACAGCCGCGCCGCGCGUCCGUCAACAACUUUGGCUACGGAGGCAGCAACGCCCACGUCAUAUUGGAAGCCCUGCCUUCAGCGUCGCAUCGGACCAAUGGUGUGGCCAUCGAGCAGACGCACGGCUGUGAGCGUGAUAAGAGCACUGUCCUCGUCCUCAGCGCCCGCGACGAGAAGUCAUGCCGCCGCAUGGUCGCAGACCUCAAGGAGUACCUGCAGGCCCGCAGCGCAGCGCCUGACACAGCGGUAAAUCUCAUGCAGGACCUGAGCUACACGCUCUGCUCACGCCGCACGCUCUUCUCCUGGGUAGCCGCAAGUCAGGUUAAUUUCGGAGGAGACGAGGGCAUGCAGCAAAUCGUCCAGGAACUCGACUCGCCUAGCUUCAUGCCCGUCCGCAUCCCCUCUAAUCGUCGCCCACGCAUCGGCAUGGUCUUCACAGGUCAGGGGGCACAGUGGCACGCCAUGGGCCGGGAGCUGCUUCAAACCUACCCAGGGUUCCGUUCGUCGAUCGAAGAGGCGGACCGCCAACUCCGGACCCUCGGGGCCGAGUGGUCCCUGCUGGAGGAACUGCUCCGGGACGCGCAGACGACUAGGGUCAAUACCACGGCACUCAGUAUCCCCGUAUGCGUCGCCUUGCAGAUCGCCCUCGUGCGGCUGCUCGAUUCGUGGGGUAUUACACCCACCGCCGUCACAGCACACUCGUCGGGCGAGAUCGCCGCUGCGUAUGCGGCUGGUGCGUUGACACACGGGCAGGCGCUGGCGGUAGCCUAUCACCGGGCUGUUUUGGCUGCGGAUCUGCAGACAACGACGACGACCCAGGAGAAGGGUGGGAUGUUGGCCGUGGGCCUUGGGGCCGCCGCGGCGCAAGAGUUUCUCGAUGGGCUUACCUGUUCCCCCGGGAAGGCUGCGGUGGCGUGUAUCAAUAGCCCGGAAAGCGUCACCAUCGCCGGGGACGUGAGUGCAGUGGAGGAAAUGGAGAACAUGUGCAAGCAGGCAAGCGUCUUCUCGCGCCGCCUCAAGGUCGAUACGGGCUAUCACUCGCACCAUAUGUUGCCCAUCGCAGAGCCCUAUCUUAACCUGUUGCGCAAGGAAGUGAAGCGUUCGUGGGACGAGCAGACCGGCUCUGAUGACGAGAAUAACGACGACACGCCGGCUGUCAUUUUCUCAUCGGCCGUGACGGGCGGUCGAAUGACCAGCCUGCGCAACAUUGCGGCCCCGGAGCACUGGGUCGACAGCCUGACGCAGCCGGUGGAGUUUGUGAGGGCAUUCACCGACAUGGUCCUGGGCGGACCUGUUCAAGCAAACAUAGACUUUCUUCUCGAGGUAGGGCCCCACACAGGCCUGGCAAGCCCGAUCCGCGAAAUCCUGUCCCUGGCCGAGUUUGAGGGGAUGGACGAUAUCCCCUACCAUGGCUGUCUGGUGCGCAACGAGCACGCCGUGGAUACGAUGCGGUCCGUGGCCGUCAAUCUGCUGCGCCAAGGCCUCCCGCUCGACAUGCAUCAGAUCAACUUCCCGGCUAGCCAGGCAGAAGCCGUACGAGUGCUCACAGACCUGCCCUCGUAUCCGUGGAACCACAGUAAAAGGCACUGGCAGGAGUCGCGCAUCAGUCGGUCGAUCCGCGCGCGCGACCAGGAGCCUCACGAGCUGUUGGGAACUCUCGUCCCGGGGACCAAUCCAGAGGCCGUUGCCGUGUGGAAGAACGUGUUGCGGGUUGCCGAGGUCCCGUGGCUUCGGGACCAUGCCGUGCAGGGAAACAUUGUGUAUCCGGGCGCCGGCUACGUCUGUUCAGCCAUCGAGGCUGCAAAGCAGCUCGUGCACAUGGGCAUUCAUGAUGCUUCCGGCAUCAACAACAUCGAAACGGCAGGAUAUAGGCUGCGAGACGUGAAGCUGCUGGCGGCCCUGGUGGUGCCGGACGAUGCCGACGGUCUCGAGAUCCAGACGUCACUGCGGCCCGUCAGCGACAAGACGAUCGGCGCCCGCGGCUGGAAACACUGGGAGGUCUCAUCCGUAACAAUCGAAGGGCGGUGGACCCUCCACGCUAAGGGCUUGGUCAUGGCCGACGUUGUCGGGUCGAGUUUGCCGGGCACAACGACCCGUAAUCUGACGAUACGCCCACUGUCGCAGUACACCCGGAAAGUUGAUCCCGAGGACAUGUUUGCUAGCCUGCGAUCUAAGGGUAUCUACCACGGGCCUUUUUUUCAGAACAUAACGGCUAUCGAGCAAGACGGCAGGGACUCGCGAUCUGUCUCUUCUCUGGGAAUAGCUGACACGUCGUCCGUGGCCGAGAGCCUGCCCCAGCAACACGUGCUGCACCCGACGACGCUAGACUCGAUCAUCCUCUCGUGCUACAGCGCUCUCCCGGGAGUAGGAAACCCUGAUGGUGGCGACGGAGACGCAAAGUUGCCGUACUCGAUCCAGGAGCUGUGGGUGUCGAGCAGCAUAAGCCGCGAGGCGGGGCACGUCAUGAAGUCCCACACGUCCAUAUCACACGCAGACUCACAGAACUUCCAGUCCGACGCUGUCGUUGUCGAAGAUGACGGGAAUAAGCAGACGACAGGACACGUUCUUGAGCUCCACGGUCUCGUCUGUCAGUCCAUGGGCGGAGGCAGCAGGCGCAGUGGCGUAACGAGUGAGAAGUGGCAAAAGGAGCUGUGCACCAGGAUCGAAUGGGCGCCGGACUUGUCCAUUGCCCAGCCCAAGGCGCUCGACCAGCUCAAGAAAAGGCUCGGCGGCGUUGCGGAAUCAGAAAUGGCCAUGAGCAGAGAGGUCGUCAUCCGGCUGCGGCGUGUGUGCGUGUACUUCUGCCAGGACGCCCUACAGCGCCUCACUACCGAAGACGUAGCCAACCUCGAGCCCCACCACGUCAGAUUUCACCGCUGGAUGCAGGAUCAGGUCUCCCUUGCGGCCUCGGGGGGACAGGGCCCAGGCAGCCAAGGAUGGGCGGGGGACAAGCAGCAGGAGCGUGAGCGUGAGAUUUCUCUGGCAGCCACGCAGAGCGUCGAGGGCGAGAUGGUGUGUCAUCUCGGACCGCAUCUCGUCAGCAUGCUGCGCAAGGAGCGACCACCGCUUGAAGUGAUGAUGGAGGAUCGCUUGCUGUACAGAUACUACGCCGACGCUCUCCGUAUGGGGCCGUCGCUGGUGCAGCUGGCAAGUCUGCUGCGGGCGGUCGUGCACAAGACUCCCAGAGCCCGCAUCCUCGAGAUUGGCGGAGGCACUGGUGGUGCGACCCGGCACAUGCUCAAGGCGCUCGGCAGCUCAGAGGAUGGCGGUUUCCGAGCGGCGAGCUGGCACACCGACAUCUCCUCGGGAUUCUUCGAGGCGGCCCGCGCCGAGUUUUCUGGGUGGAGUGAUGUACUGCAAUUCGAUAGGCUGGACAUUGAGAAGGAUCCAGCAUCUCAAGGGUUCGAGCUGGCGAGCUAUGAUAUCGUGGUUGCUUGCGAGGUGCUGCAUGCGACCAAGAGCAUGGCUCGCACCAUGGCCCACGUGCAUAGCCUGAUGAAGCCAGGAGGUACGCUGUUGCUGAUGGAGACGACACAGGACCAGGUCGAUAUCCAGUUUACGUUUGGCUUGCUGGCUGGGUGGUGGCUGAGCGAGGAGCCAGCCCGCCAGUCGAGCCCGUCUCUCACCCUGCCGUUCUGCGACCAUGUGCUCAAGGGUGCCGGAUUUACCGGGGUCGAGUUCGACGUACCCGACUGUGACAGCCACGACAUGUACUCGAUUAGUGUCAUCAUGUCGAGGGUUCAAGCUCCAACACCUGCCCAGCAAGUCUCCACCGAUCCGGUCCUUGUCAUCAGCAAGAAGGCACCGCCUCCCGCCGUAACCAUAGAUAUGAUCAAGGACAGUAUAAUGGUAGCUACCGGCAGCCCCUCACCAUCCGUCGUCUCUCUCGAGGACACGAACACCCAGGGUAUUGCAUACAGCGGUAAGGUCUGCGUCUUCCUGGGUGAGGCUGUGCAGCCGAUUCUGCACAACAUGGAUGAGCUCUAUUUCCAGUCCAUUAAGACCAUGACCACCAGCUGCAAGGACGUCGUCUGGGUCACUGCCGGUGGUGCUGUUGAGUGCGAGAACCCGGACGCCAGCUUGAGUCGAGGCUUGCUGCGUACCAUGCGGAACGAGUACAUGGGCCGGCGGUAUAUCUCUCUCGACCUUCAGGGUCCGCUGACUUCCCAUGAUGAGUGGUCAGUGUCGAAUGUGGAGGCCAUCACCAAGAUCAUUGAAUUGGCCUUCGGUCCUGGCGCUCACCCUGAUGCGGGCUUCUCACCUGUCGACCUCGAAUGGGCCGUGCGGGACGGGGUGCUGCUCGUCCCGCGGCUGUACAAGGACGCGGUGCUCAACGACAUGCUGGGGGCUCGGCCGGCUCUGGACUGGCAAAAUCCCGACGCAAUUCUCAAGGUGGAGCCUUUGUUUCAGCAGGAGCGCUCGCUGCUCUUGGAGGUGGGCAUCCCCGGCCUUCUGGACACGCUGGCAUUUGGCGAUGAUGAGAAGGCGGUUGAAGCAGCCUCAUCGCCUCUGGCCGCGGACAUGGUGGAGAUUGAACCACGGGCGUACGGACUCAAUUUCCGCGAUGUCAUGGUCGCCAUGGGCCAGCUGAGGGAGCGCGUCAUGGGUCUCGAGUGCUCUGGCAUCAUCACGCGCCUGGGUCCCGAGGCUCAGAAACAAGGCCUUGAGGUUGGUGAUCGCGUCAUGGCCCUCCUGCUAGGGCCAUUUGCCAGUCGCGCCCAGAUCUCAUGGCACGGCGUCGUGCACAUGCCCGAGGGCAUGAGCUUUGAGGAUGCGGCGUCCUUGCCUAUGGUCUUCAGCACUGCCUUCGUCGCGCUCGUCGAUGACGCGCGGCUUCGAGAGGGCCAGUCGGUCCUCAUCCACGCAGCCGCAGGAGGUGUUGGACAGGCGGCUAUUAUGCUUGCCAAGCAGUUGGGUGCCGGGAACAUCUAUGCCACCGUUGGUUCCCAAGAAAAGCGAGACCUACUCGCGCGCGAGUAUGGGAUUCCGGAAGAGACAUAUUCAGCAGUCGCAGCGAGCUUUGAGGUCCUCGCGCCCUUUGGCCAUCUUGUUGAGAUCGGCAAGAAGGAUCUCGAAGUUAGUGUGCACUCGAUGGGCGAGACAGCCAAGGCUUUCCGCCUCUUGCAGACAGGGAAGCACACUGGCAAGAUUGUGCUAUCAACCAAACCUGACGAGAAAGUCAAGGUGCGCCCACGCCAGGCGGCCCCCGCUGCCCGACUCAGACCCGAUGCCUCAUAUCUGGUGGUGGGCGGCACAGGUGGGCUCGGGCGCUCCAUCGCCCACUGGAUGAUUGGCCGUGGAGCCAAGAAUCUGAUCCUCUUGUCGCGAAGCGCCGGGGACGAGAAAAAGAACGGUGCCGUCGUGGCCGAGCUGCGCGAGGCGGGCUGCCGGGUGGUGGCCAUCAGCUGUGACGUCUCGAUUGCCGGCCACCUAGCCCAGGCGCUUCGUUCCUGCGAGGACCAGGGCCUGCCGCCUGUGCGAGGCGUCAUCCAAGGCGCCAUGGUCCUGCAGGACUCGGUUCUGGAGCACAUGACGCUCGAGGACUGGCAGACGUGCGUUAGGCCAAAGGUGUGCGGCACGCGCAACCUGCACGUGCAGUACUGCGGCCGUCGCGGCCCCAGCUCGCAAGUCGACUUCUUCGUCAUGCUUUCGUCCUUCUCGGGAAACCUGGGGAUCGUCAGUCAGGCCAACUACGCAGCGGGAGGCGCGUACCAGGACGCGCUCGCCCAUUGGCGGUCGUCGCGCGGGUUGCCGGGAGUGGCCAUCGACCUGGGCGCUGUCAGGGGCGUCGGGUACGUGGCCGAGACAGCAGGCGUGGCCGGCCGAAUGCGCACGACGGGCGAGACGCUGAUGCUGACCGAGACAGCCUUGCACAACGCGCUUCAGGCCGCCAUUGCUCAUCCGACGCAGCACCCACAGAUCUUGCUUGGGCUCAACACCGGCCCGGGCCCGCAGUGGGACCCCGACGGGAAAUCACAGAUGGCCCGUGAUCCACGCUUUACUGCGCUCAAGUGGCGGGAGCCUCUUGGCACCGGGGCUGGCAUGCAAAAGGAUGGCAUUGGUGCUGAUCGGCGCCAGGCUCAGACGCAGACUCUCGCAGACAGGCUGGCUGGCGCACCGUCGCGCGAAGCCGCGGCCGAGCUCCUGGGGCAAGCCAUCACCGCCAAGCUCGCCGCCAUCUUCAUGCUUCCUGCCGACGAGAUCGAUCUGACACAGCCGCCGGCCCAGUACGGCGUCGACUCACUUGUCGCCGUCGAGCUGCGGAACAUGCUGGUGCUGCAAGCCGGCGCCGAAGUGUCCAUCUUCAACAUCAUGCAGAGCUUGUCGUUGGCGGCCCUAGCACUAGACGUGGCGUCUAAGAGUAGGUACAUUAGCGUGUAG